CGGACCUUGAGGAGGAGUGUAGGGGUCGAGUACAACAGCUCGGGAGGGAACGGGAUAGUCUUCAUGCACAGCUCAUGCAUCGAGGAGAGGAGGUAGCUAAGCUGAAGCAAGUGUCGGCAGACUGGCGACAACACGCUAAGAAAGCAGAGGAGACAGCGGUGAUCGAUCGGACUAAAACUGAGCAACUCCAAGCUCAACUGAAUGCUGUCUCUCGAGAGCUCUAUGAGUAUCGAGAGCAGGCUGAAGCUCAAAUAUCCAACACUGCCGCUGAAGUGGUGAUUCUGCAGAGUAAAGUUGUGGACCAGGCGGUCGAACUGGCCACAAUGAAGGCUAGGAACGAUGAGCUUUCCUGUCGUAUGGAGGUCCAACAGCUCAGUAGUACCUCUUCAGACCACACGGAUAGUCGAGGCUCUUCCUACUUCUCUGGCAAGGGCCUCAAGAGGCUCUGGACGGAACUCGUCGGUGCUGACUUGACCACUUCAAGUCGGCUUAAGAAACAUCCGCCGGCCCCUGCGAGAUACGCCUUCUGUAACAUGUGCAACGAAGUUCUAGAGCUGUUAGACGACCCCACCGCAUUCGGCCAUACAGCAGCUGAGCUGAGGCCUGUCCUAUUAUACGAAAUUAACGCCCUUGUCGGGUUUGGUCCGGACAGCCCUCCAGAUUCAGAUGGUACUCCUGCGACCUACAACUUCGAUCUGGAGGAAUAUGAGUCGGCUCUGUCGAGGGCCUUGGCCAUGCUCAACAAGGCGAGAGCUGCUCUCGAGCUGCGGGAUACCCUCCAUGCACGGGAGUUGACGGCCCAGUGUGAUGCCCGGGCUAGAGCAGAGGACAAAGCCGAACGCAUAGUGCAGGAAUACGAGGAGGAGUUCAAACGAUGGAAGGAAACUGUUCUUCAGCAGGUCCGUCGAGAGUAUGCUAGGCAUCGUGAUAAGCUGCAGGCGAGCCGCCAACAGAAGAGACAGAGCACGAUCAGUGGCUCGCCCGAGGAUGCCGAGGGCCUCCCUGACGAGACUCUAGUCGAAAAUGAAGGCGAUUUGGACUUCCUUUUUGAUGAGUUAGACUGGACCGCCGACCAACAACAAAUUGACUCGAUCGCUGGCAAACGGAAAUCCUCCCUAUCGCCUCGCACGCCAUCACGGUGAUGGCACCACCUCGCAAGUGAAUUCUCGAGGGAACGUUUACUAUCAUUGCAGCCACCUCGAAGUUGCAUAACCAUGUCC